AUGCGCCCCGAUGACAGAAGCAGCUCUGGAGCUGCCAGCAAUCCCUCCGAGCAGUCGCAGAGCUCCCAGAUAGAUAAUGCUGCCACCCCCGCUCCCCACGUGCCUGUCGCCGGUACAUCGUCGAACUCCGAGCUCAUCAAGCGGUUGGAAAUUUUGUCCACCCGUAUUCCAAAUUUCUGGGUCGCCCCAUUUUGUGGUGGUGCUGCAGGUGUGGCUUCAGGAAUUGUGACAUGCCCUCUCGAUGUUAUCAAGACCAAGCUGCAGGCCCAGGGAGGCUUUGCCCGACGGAGCGGGCCAGCCAUGCAAACAAAAACACUGUACAGAGGCAUGUUUGGCACCGGAAAGGUGAUCAUACGAGAAGAUGGUAUCCGUGGUCUUUAUCAAGGACUUGGUCCGAUGCUCAUGGGAUAUCUUCCGACAUGGGCGGUCUACCUGGCUGUUUAUGACCGAUCUCGCGAAUACUUUUAUGAACAAACAGACAGUUGGUGGUUAUCUCGCGGUUAUGCCUCGAUUACCGCUGGUGCCUGUUCGACGAUUGUGACAAAUCCCAUCUGGGUUAUCAAGACAAGGCUCAUGUCGCAGAGCCUCAAGCAGAACCACGAAGGGGCACGAGCCCCAUGGCAGUAUUCAGGUACAUGGGAUGCUGCUCGCAAGAUGUAUCAAGUCGAGGGCAUUCGCUCGUUCUACUCUGGCCUGACACCCGCUCUUCUUGGCCUCACCCACGUGGCCAUCCAGUUUCCACUUUACGAGUAUCUGAAAAUGGCCUUCACCGGAUACGGCAUCGGAGAGCACCCAGAUACAGGAAGCUCACACUGGGUGGGUAUCUCACUCGCUACCUUCCUCAGCAAGGUCUGUGCAAGCACCAUCACCUAUCCCCACGAGGUUCUACGAACUCGACUGCAAACACAGCAGCGCACAAUUCCAGCCCCAUCACACGAAGAAAUCGCUUUCCGUGGUGGCUUGAAACACCCCCAUGAUCGUGGCCGACCCUUAGCAUCUUCCUCUGAUGGAAUGCCUCUCAGUCCCCGCUACUCCGGAAUGAUCCGCACCUGCCAGACUAUCUUGAAGGAAGAAGGAUGGCGUGCAUUCUAUUCUGGAAUUGGCGUCAACCUUUUCCGGGCUGUUCCGGCUGCCAUGACGACAAUGCUCACCUAUGAGUACCUUCGGAUGGUCAUCCAUAACUUUCAACACGAGGGUGAAAUAGCGAAACAGACUGAUGCGUCUAGCAUGAUCUAA